AUGAAUGGUCACAAGGAGGUGAGCCGCAAUGGGGUCAAUGGCCAGACUCGCGAUGGAGAGAACGGCCAGACUCCCGAUGAAGAGAACGACCAGAGCCAUGACGAAGAGAACGGCCAGACUCGCGAUAGAGAGAACGGCCAGACUCGCGAUAGAGAGAACGGCCAGACUCCCGAUGGAGAGAACGGCCAGACUCCCGAUGGAGAGAACGGCCAGACUCCCGAUGGAGAGAACGGCCAGACUCCCGAUGGAGAGAACGGCCAGACUCCCGAUGAAGAGAACGGCCAGAGCCGCAGCAGAGAGAGCGGUCGGACUCACGAUAAAGAGAACGUCCAGAGCUGCGAUGGAGAGAACGGCCAGACUCCCGAUGGAGAGAACGGCCAGACUCCCGAUGAAGAGAACGACCAGAGCCAUGACGAAGAGAACGGCCAGACUCGCGAUAGAGAGAACGGCCAGACUCCCGAUGGAGAGAACGGCCAGACUCCCGAUGGAGAGAACGGCCAGACUCCCGAUGAAGAGAACGGCCAGAGCCGCAGCAGAGAGAGCGGUCGGACUCACGAUAAAGAGAACGUCCAGAGCUGCGAUGAAGAGAACAGUCAGAGCCACGAUGAAGAGAAUGGCCUGAGCGAUGAUGAAGAGGCUGCGGAAAAAUUGAAAUGCCUUUUCUUAGCCAAAUUGAAACUAGGGUUACGAAAGCUCAAAGAGGUACCUAAAUCGACAGAAAUCAAAGACCUCGGUCCUCAGCUUGCUUUAUAUGCUGCAAACACAGAGAAAGACGAUGGAAAGUUGGUUGAGAAAUUACUAGAGGCGGCCAAGAAGGUGCCGGCGUCAAUCGGAUGGCAGCUUUCUUUCCACCGUCUCUUUGUUUUGUACAGACGGCGCAAAUUUGAACCAAGACACCUUGAGACGGGCAGCCAAGGUCGAGAGAAACCUCUGAAAAAAAAGGAGUCUCUUUGCGAAUUUUUAGGAUGCAUUGUGAACCAAUUAGAGUCCAAAUGGGGCAUAUGUGCCAGUCUAGUAUUCAAUAUUCUUGAAGAAACUAAAUUUAAAGCAUCCAUGCUCCGCGAUAUGCGCAGAACGGCCAGAAUACGUGCUGCAAAUCUGAUUACCGAUGAGUUGUUAAAGAUUGAUCAGAUUGUUCUUUGGCAGGGUACACAGGUGCUGAAUCCUGUAUUCUUUAUUAGCUCUGUUAUGGGUAUACCACCAUAUAUCGCAUUUGAGAACAUUGGGAUCGGAAAUCUCUCUAAAUACGAUAUUCAAAAGCCGAUUGAAUGUAAUCAAAAACAUUUGAGCGAGCUUGGUUUAUACUGUGGAAAAAUCCACUUGUGUACACUCCUUCAGGUUGGGUCUUUCAAGGAACGUCAAGCCCCGAAGUCAAAUGGUAAUUUGAUUACCAUCAAUUUGUACGCCUCUGUUUUUUACACCUUGGAAGCUGCCAAUUAA